AUGGACUCACCACCACGCCUUAUAUCCUGGACUGCUGUGCUCCUCCCGAGCUGCUCCUUCUCUAAGAGGCCUGUGAUGCAGCCAUUCUCCGGUGCACUGGCAUCACGUACUCACCCCUGCUUGCCUUUGUCCCAGCCGCACUGCCGCCAUGUGCCAUUACUUCCAGCGCCAUUGGGGCACUCACCGAUGAUGUGCUAUCCGGCACCGACCUUCUUCCACCGCUACGCGCCCGACAUCCUGGCGUCUGUCCCGCCGGAAGAAAAGCUGGGCUGCGCGAGCUCCCUGCCAUUGCGCCGCCAUCUUGGGCCUUACUUCCCCGCUCGAUUCGUCACCUCCUCCAACCGAACCGAAUUCACUGUAUUUCAAUGA